ACUCCUCCUCUUGUCCUCCGCAUGUAAGCAGCUCGCUUGAUCGAUCGGCUCGGACAAGAAGCAACCCGCCUCAAUCCCCGACGGCCUGGUCAUAGUGGAGUGCUGUGCUGGUAUAUAGGCGGAGGACAUGGUGAAGUUCUCGCGGGAGUACGAGGCCAGCAUCAUCCCGGAGUGGAAGGGAGCAUUCGUCGACUACAAGUGCCUCAAGAAGCUCAUCAAGAAGAUCAAGCUGGGACGGCGCGAUGCCGACGACAGCAACGGAGACUGCUCGCUGGAGGAGGCCGCCCUCGCCGCCGGCGUCGAGAGCGUCGGCUAUGGUGGUGGCUUCUCCGUGCUCGACCCCGUCCACGCCCUGGCCUCCCGGUUCGCGCCCAGGGUGCACGUCUCCUCGGAGGACGAGGAGAGCGGGGAUUCCGGGGAGCUCGUGCCACCCACGGACAAGCAUGAGCGGGAGUUCUUGGAGAAGGCGGACGAGGAGCUGGAGAAGGUGAACUCCUUCUACGCGACAAAGGAGGCGGAGCUGCUGGGCCGCGGCGAGGCGAUCAUCGACCAGCUGCGCAUCCUCGCCGACGUCAAGCGCAUCCUGGCCGACCACGCCGCCACCCGUCGCGCCAGGCGCACACUCUCCGCGGUGGCACCGUCCUCGCCGGCGCUCAGCGGCUCCGGCCUGGCCACGCCGCAGUCCAUGUCAGAUGGGAGCGUGGAGCUGCAGCAGGCGCAGAUGACGGAGGGCGCGGCGGUGGCCGACGAGGUGAUGGCGGCGCUGGAGCGCAACGGCGUCAGCUUCGUGGGGCUACCGGGGAAGAAGGACAGCAAGGCCGGGAGGCUGCAGCUGCCGGCGACGGUGCGGAUCGACAUUCCGGCCAGCAACCCGGGGCGGGCGGCGCUCAAGGUGUGGGAGGAGCUGGUGAACGUGCUGCGCAAGGACGGCGCCGACCCCGCCGCCGCCUUCGUCCACCGCAAGAAGGUGCAGCACGCCGAGAAGAACAUCCGCGACGCCUUCAUGGCCCUCUACCGCGGCCUCGAGCUGCUCAAGAAGUUCAGUUCUCUUAAUGUAAAGGCGUUCACCAAGAUUCUCAAAAAAUUCGUCAAGGUGUCAGGGCAGCAGCAAGCGACGGACCUUUUCUCGCAGAAGGUGAAGGGAUCAUCGUUCAGCACCUCCGACAAGGUUCUUCAGCUGUCAGACGAGGUGGAGUCACUCUUCCUGAAGCACUUUGCGGGCAAUGACAAGAUGGUGGCGAUGAAGUACCUCAACCCAAAGCAGCCCAAGAGCACGCACAUGAUCACCUUCCUCGUAGGUAGGCGCGUACAUUCAGAAGUCAGAUUCACCUAUGUAGUACCAUCUACAGUGGAGAAAUUCGGAAUUCUAACUUCGCGGUUCUUUGUCUCGUGUUUGUUUUCAGGGUUGUUCACGGGCACAUUUGUGAGUCUGUUCAUCAUAUACACCAUCAUGGCACAUGCUUCCGGCAUUUUCGCCUCUGUCGGAGACACGGCCUACCAUGAAGUAGUCUACCAUGUCUUCAGCAUCUUCGCACUCAUCAGCCUGCACUGCUUCCUCUACGGAUGCAACUUGUUCAUGUGGAAGAGCACACGGAUCAACCAGAACUUCAUAUUCGACUUCGUGCCCAACACUGCCCUCACGCACCGGGAUGCCUUCCUCAUGUCCGCCUUCAUCAUGUGCACCGUUGUGACCGUGUUGGUCAUCAACCUCUUCCUCAUAAACGCCGGUGUGCCCUACACCAAUGCCGUGCCAGGGGCUCUCAUAGUCUUGUCGGCCGGACUUUUAUUCUGUCCGUUCAACGUGUUCUACCGCUCGACGCGCUACUGCUUCAUGCGGAUCAUGCGCAAAAUCGUAUUCUCGCCAUUCUACAAGGUUGUGAUGGCCGAUUUCUUCAUGGCUGAUCAGUUAACUAGUCAGAUCCCAUUGUUAAGGCACACGGAGUUUGUAGCGUGCUACUUCAUGGCAGGAAGCUUUAGGGCUUACCCAUAUGAGACUUGUACUAAGAACCAGCAGUACAAACACCUGGCCUAUGUGAUCUCUUUUCUCCCUUACUACUGGAGAGCUAUGCAGUGUUUAAGAAGAUACCUGGAGGAACAUGACGUAAAUCAACUCGCCAACGCUGGGAAGUAUGUGUCAGCAAUGGUCGCGGCUGCUGUCAGGCUCCAGUACAAAGCAACACCGACGCCAUUCUGGGUGUGGAUGGUCCUCAUAACGUCCACAGGCACCACCGUGUACCAGCUCUACUGGGACUUUGUCAAGGAUUGGGGCUUUUUCACUCCCAAAUCUAAGAACCUAUGGCUCCGGGAUGAUCUCAUCCUUAAGAACAAGUUCACCUACUACGUUUCCAUGGUAAUGUACUUUGUUCAACUGACUUUUUGUAUGACAUUAGUACAGAAAGGAGCAGCUUUUGGAGGACUAAUUCUUUCACAAAUGCAGAUGCUAAAUCUAGUGCUUCGGCUAUCAUGGACUAAAAGUGUGAUGAAGAUUUCUAUUACUAAGAAUGAGACUCGCCUACUGGAUUUCUCCCGUGCCUCCUUGGAAAUAAUCCGACGAGGACACUGGAAUUUCUACAGGCUGGAGAACGAACACUUGAACAAUGUUGGCAAGUUCAGAGCAGUGAAGACUGUCCCAUUGCCAUUUUGUGAACUGGAAACCGAUUGAUGAUUAAGACGGAGAGAA